AUGGCUCCCGUCCCAAAAGGAAAGCACGGAAAACGGCGUGGCAAGCCUGGCCCCCCGCGUGCUGCGCUACGUGCGGCUGCUGCCGCAGCGGCGUCGUCCGCGGAUGCUCUAUCCACGUCGCCCUCAACGGGGAAGCGUCGCGCGGAGCGCGACGCCGUCGACGCACGCGAGGAGCUCGACACAGAGCUGGUGUUCGAAGACCCGUAUGGAGAUGAGUUUGACGACGAGAACAAGUCCGCUGUCGAUGACUCCGCCCCGCCGAUAGUAGACCCGAUGGUGGCGAACGAUGCCGUCGUGUUCCGCCCAGGGAAGGACCGUGUGGCGGAUGGGGAAAAGCUUGUGUGUGACGAAAGUGCGUAUGAUGUGUUUCAUAAGUGUAUGGUGGAAUGGCCAGCACUCUCGUUUGACUUUGUGUGUAUGGAUGGAGGGGGCAUGUAUAGCAACAUGGAGCCGGCAGUGAUGGAUACGUACCCGAUGAGCGUUACUUUAGUUAUGGGAACGCAGGCAGAACAUGCGAAUAAGAAUAAGCUCGUGUGCGUGAAGAUGAGUAAUAUGCAUCGCACGCGGGGUCGCAAGGGCAAGGGGAUUAAGACAACGAGGGAGCACGACUCGGAUAGCGAGUCCUCGGACGAAGAAGAUGAGGAAGAGGACGAAGAUGGCAUGCCAAGAGCGAGUCCGGAUAAGAACGCCAUCUUGCAGAGCUUUGAUAUCCGCAUGGAUUCUACACUGAAUCGCGUCCGCGCCAUGCCCCAGCGUGCGAAUAUUGUCGCCACGUGGUCUGAGUCCGGGCGCGUAUCGCUAGUGGAUGUGGAGCCCGCCCUUAACAAGUUAAACUUGGACAGCAAGCGACGCAUGGGCAUGCCGAACACCACGGCGCCGUCCGCUACCAAGCCGUUUUUCGCGUUCAAUGGGCAUCGAGCGGAGGGGUACAGUUUGGACUGGAGCCGAGCAGCUCUAGGGCGCUUGCUAUCUGGAGCAGUCAACGGCACGAUUUACCUGACGGAGCCUUCCUCCGUGGAAGGCGCGGCCUGGACGACUUCCCCGAAUCGCUUCCGCGGCCAUACAGACUCUGUUGAGGAUAUCCAAUGGUCACCGAACGAGCCUAAUGUGUUCGCAAGCUGUAGCGCGGAUAAGUCAAUCAAAUUCUGGGAUGUGAGGGAGUACAGGAAGCCUGCUCUCAGCGUGAGCAUGGCGCACAGCACGGAUGUCAAUGUGAUUUCUUGGAACCGCAACGAGACUCAUCUCGUCGUCAGCGGCGGCGACGACGGGUCCAUUCGUGUGUGGGAUCUGCGAACACUGGACAAAGACGGCAAUAACGAGUCUGCCAAGCCGGCGGCUGAAUUUGUACAUCACCAAAAGGCGAUUACGUCGAUACAGUGGCAUCCCAAGGAUUCUUCCAUGCUCUGUGCGAGCUCGGAGGACGGGAGCGUGUCGAUAUGGGAUCUUGCUGUUGAGCGGGAUGCAGAGGAGGAGUUGCGCGAAGGGGUUGUCCUGACAGGAGCAGAAGACUUUCCGCCCCAACUUCUCUUUAUCCAUAUGGGUCAGACCAAUGUCAAGGAUGCGCAAUGGCAUCCGGCGUGUCCUUCGCUCAUUGUGAGCACGGCUCAAGACGGGUUAAACAUGUUUCAGCCAUCGAAUAUCACGCUGCCGACCUAACUGUCAAAGAAAUUGCGGCCCGCCAUAUCGCAAACCCCACUUGCUCGCUAACACUAUCUCCUUACAUGCUUUGCGAGUACCGAUUAUCUAAGCACUACCCCCUCCCCUUUAUCCCCUCUCCUUUAUCCCCUGCCCCCGCCCUCUGCCACAGAUCUGCACAGCUCAAGUAAGAAUAAACAAGCCGAUAUCAAAAAUAGCUUUACACCGAAA